UAAUUUUGAAAGCUGUUUAUGGUGUAUCGCACGGCACUGAGCAACUAGUGAAAGAUAAGAUACACGUAUAAAUCACUAUUUUUUAGGCAGAAGAAAAAGAUUGCGCUUGCAGAACCAGAUUUCGUAUGUUCCCGGAUAUCCACGCCCUGGCCUCAGUCCGUAUCAGUUUCCUGCAGGCUUGCCACCACCUGCCACGGGAUAUGGCGGAUUUCCAUCUCCUGCUUUUGGCGGUGUCCCGGCAGGAGGAGGAAGAAUUCCUGUUGCACCUGCGCCAUAUGCUGCUGCUGGGGGAAGAUACGUUGGCCGCGUAGCUCGUGGUGACGGAAGAGGGCCCGUUGGUCGAGGUCACAUGAAUGCGCCACAGCGUUCAGCCAGUCCUUCGUUCACGAGAAGUUCCGGUAGUUAUGGAAGCGGCACCGGAGGGAAUUACAUAACUCAACCGACUGGUGGCGCACGAGGAGCUGUUGCUGGUCGAAAUUAUAUUGGUGCGCCGGCUGGAGGCGGACCCUCGUUUCCAAGAGGUACCAGCAACGUAGGUAAUGCAGGAGGCUUCUCGGGCAUGAAUAGCCCUUCCAGCAUCAGUGGCAGCGUAGGGAACUUCAUGGGUCGAGCGAUUGGCGGCAUUGAAAGAGAUGUCGAGCGAGGUGUUGAAAGAGGCCUCAGUCAAGGAGUUGGCAACGUAGCACGCAGAGCCGGCGGUGCUCCUCUCUCAGGCUCGAGAAGUGGCUCCUUCUCUAAUCCCAGAGGAUUUACCAGCGUCGGUGCUGGACCUGGCGUUGGCGGCGCCUCCGGUUUUUCAAACGUGCCCUCGACAACUGGUAAUUUUGUUGAUCGUGCGGUACCUCGAUUAAAGUCUCCUAAACCUGGAAGCGUUUCAACGAAAGGCAUGUUGCCGAACACCGGCUCUCAAUUGGCUAGUAUGCCACCUACUUCUAAGGGUAGCCCUAAGGGCAGCAAAAGUGGCACUGCCCUCGGCAGAAAAGCCGCAGUUCCGACGAAGGGUUUAUCCGGCGCCAGCAGGGCUUCAGCUGGAACUUCUGGUGGUGCCAAACCUGCACCUGCAAGUCUCACAACCGAAAAGAUUAAAGAUUUAAUCGCUUCUGAUAUCUCAAAGUGGACGUAG